CUCAUUUUCUUUUUUCCUUUCUUUCUUUCCUCAUCAUCAUUUCCUGUAUAUUCCAUCUUUGUCUGUAAAUAACACUCGUAACAUAUACACACAGCCACUAUGUCUACUCCCUAUGACCCCCAUCCCGGCCCAUCUUCCAAGACUGCUCAAUUGCAGCAGCAAGUCAACGAUGUCGUUGGAAUCAUGCAGCAAAACAUUGACUCUGUAAGAGACCGCGGUGAGAAGCUUGACUCGCUUCAGCACAAGACAUCUGACCUUGAACAAGGUGCGGUUCAGUUCAGGAGGGGUGCCACAGGCGUCAGACGCCAGAUGUGGUGGAAGAAUAUGAAGUGGCGCCUCAUUGUUGGCACUGGUAUUCUCAUUAUCCUGAUCAUUAUCAUCGUUUCCAUCGUCCAGGCUACGAAGUAACACUAAUCUAGUAAAGGAGAGCGCAAAUAUUCUACGCCUUGAGGAAUUGAAGCGAUUCAGUAUUUCACUCAUGGAGUAGCUUAGUCUAGUUUGUUUUUUCUCCCAGUGCCGU